CACUGCCACUCUUUAAACCCCACGCCACCUUAGUUUUCUCUGUACACUCUGUUGCAAUCACCCGCCAAAACUUCCCUCCGUGCUAAUCUCCGGCGAGGAUUUUCCAUGGAUGAUUACGGUAACUCCCUGCAUUGGAAGCGUUCAGUCGUUGAUUCGCCGUUGAGCGGCAAAGAAUCGCCGGUGCGCCCCGGUGAGGUCUUUCAAUUUGGAGCUGAUAAUUCAUUCGGCUGUUCGUUUUCGUCUCCGCUUGAUUGGAACGACGAACAGUUAAGAGAUUUAAUGGAGGGUGACAAUGGUGAUAGUGGGGAUCAUGUUGUUCCAUAUCCGUUUCAAAGUGACAGAAAUGUUCCAUCUGCAGAGGGAGAAGUCAUCAUAAAUCAAAACGAUGAAAAAGCUUCAAAUCUCAAACCUUCUGACAAGAAGAAAUCAUUUGAUUUACAUAACACUAAGCAUGCUGCAAAUGAAGCUCUUCCUGCAUCACCGUUCAUGGUGGACUCAUGGCCCGAUCUUUACAUGUCAAAAACCGACCAGGAUUUAUCGUGUGCUUUAGAAUCUGACAAUGCAGCAGGAACUCUUGAUAGAACAGGUGAACUGGACUCUGAUUCGGGGUUUUUUCAGAAGCUGGAUGGGAACGUAUCUAAUAUGGAAAUUCUUGAUGAUCUUGAUACGAUCCUUAGCAAUUAUAAUCCAGAUUUUUGCCAGACAAGCCUUCCGAGUACUCAGCUAUUACACAACCAGCUUUCGACCAGAGGCUGUGAAAACAUGAAUGAUUUCAUCACACCAAAUAUUUCUUCACAAGCAUUUCCCGAACCCUUUAUAAAGGAAAAGAUAGAUUUGGAGUUUGGCGGGAAAGCACCAGCAUUCAGUAUGGAGCUUGACACUGGUUUUGCUGCAAUGCCUGAUUCAUCCUUGGACGAAGUAUUCUUCGAAGCUCAUUCUAAAUCAAAAGAAGAUCAUGAAGCUAAUCAAUUUCAGGAUUUAUUCAGAUACCAACCAAUUUCCUUUGAUAAACUUAACAAUCACUAUAUAUCAAUGAACCAACCGUGUCCAUCUGUCGCCUUUCCUCAACCAGUGCAGUCUCGCUAUAAUUCCAAGUCUACCCCAUAUCCAUCUGUUCUCCUUCCUCAGCCAAUGCAGCUUCACUACAAUACUGGGUCUAUGCCAUAUCCAGGUUCUGAGUUGGCUUCUUCUGUAUCCAUGGACUUUGCUAGUCAGUAUAGCAUGCCUGGUUUGUCACAGUUCCGUGAUAAACAAGUUUACCAACAAUCAGUCCCUUGCAGCAGUUAUGCCUCUGCUCCUUACCGUUCAAAUGCUUUAAAGAUGUCAUCAGGUAGACCCAUGGAUGGUUUGGCAAUGACCCGAAAGACGAAAGUUGAAAGAUUAAGGAAACAGCAACAAAUGAGACCGAUGCUCGCAAUCCAGAAGGUGCAGCAGCAGUUUUCUGAUCAAGCAGUAUCCACAGACCAUUCUGUGGUGGCACGUGGGAAUUUCUUUGUCGAAGGAAAGUCACAAUUAGAACGGAAUGAUUCUAAUAUUGUUAACAUUGCAGCUGAUGAUCAUCCAGUGAAGGACCCAAUACUUUAUCAGCUUUGGGAAAUCAUUCAAAAGUUGGAUACCCGCGUGAAAGUCAAUAUCCGAGACAGCUUCUUUCGACUGGCUGAGAAUGCUAAACAGAGGCAGUAUGGUAACAACACAAACGGCAUGAACACGGACAGCAACACAUCAAUUGUCAACAAUGAAGACAUCAACAACAAUAAAGUGGAGACUGAAACAAAUCUAAUAGACCGUGGUGUUGCUCAUUUGCUGUUUCAUCAACAAUUAUCAGAAGAGUUCUAUUGUGAAGGCAACCCAUCUAGUUCAUUGAGCUUUGCCAGGUAGAGAGUACCCCAGAGCUGUGAAAUCUCUCCCCCUUCUAGCUUCCUCUGUGAAAAGGCAAGAACCCAAGAAUGACCCGUGUUUAGAGACAUCCAAUAUGCAUCAGACAAUGAAACUGCAGAUGGUGGAGUAUUGGGGUUGAAUCCUCUUGAUGAAGCUAUCACAUUUCCCAGUUCAUCCAAAUACGGUAACUGGCUUCUCUUCAUUGCUGACAGAUUUCUGUAGUAAUGAAAAGCUCCUCUUACAUCGCCAACCGACUAGACAACACUCAUGCAUGAUCAUAGAAGAAAAAGACGAAACGAGCAGACUGAUUAAGUACAAAGCAAUUACUGUUAGGCUAUUUUAAACCAUCAAUAAGCUGUCUUGAAAAUUACAGAGAGUCAUUUUGGACCGUGUCUUCAUACAUGUAUUUCCCAUUUAAAUUUGUUGUUGUCAGGAAGGGACAAUAACAGGUUUUGUCUAUGAAAAUGACGAUAAGAGUUCACUGUUGU